UCUCUAACACUUAGAACCUCGCGGUUUGUUUAUUUACAUUUUUGAUAAUAAGAUGAAUAUUUUGGCUAAAGUUCACUAUUCCUGCAGAGUAAGCUCUGUGUUAAACAAAGAAGUGAAGCAGUAUGGAAAACAAUUCAUGUUUGAUGCGCAAGAAGAUACUUCCUGGAGCUCAGAUGAGGGAACACCGCAAUGGAUUAUCGUUAUUUUUGAUGAGCCCCAAAAUGUCUCGGGAUUCGAGUUUCAAUUUCAAGGCGGAUUCGCUGGCCAAAAAUCGGAAAUCCUAAUGUAUGCGGCAAAUGGAGCCCAGAUACAUCAAGAGUCCUUUUAUCCAGAAGAUAUCAACUCUCCUCAGCAGUUUCAUCUUAAAGAUACGUCGCGAGGAAAAGCGUGUUCAAAGAUUAAAUUCGUAUUCGAAUCUAGUACAGACCUUUUUGGCAGAAUUAUUGUAUACAAUCUCCAAGUGUUGAGCUAGUGAUAAGCGAAUGUUUCCAAACAUUUAUUCUUAUCAAAAAUAAAAAUAAUGCCCAUU